AUGGUCGGUGACAUUGCAAGAGCUGCUCCUAUUUCAAAGUUCCCUGUGUGGCAAAGAGAACUAUUCAGUGCAAGGGACCCACCAAGAAUCACUUUCCCACACCACGAAUACGAGGAUGAAUCCCAACAUUGCAACAAAGAAACAUGGGACAGCCACGAAAUGGCCCACGAGUCAUUUUUGUUUGGGCCCAAAGAGAUUGCAUUCCUUCGGAAUAAUCACCUUCCUCACCACCUAAGGAAAUGCUCCACUUUUGAGAUACUCUCUGCUUGUUUGUGGAAAUGUCGCACCAUAGCACUUGGGAUGAACCCAAAUGAGACAGUGGGCUUGUCACCAUUUAUCACAGCUCCUCGUGGUAAAGUGGGCCUGCAAGUGCCCAAUGGGUACUACGGCAAUGCCUUUGCCUUCCCGAUGGCGAUUUCCGAGGCAGGGCUUUUGUGUCAAAACCCGUUGGGGUAUGCAUUGGGCUUGAUUAAAAAGGCCAAGGCCCAAAUGAGUGCUGAGUACGCGAGUUCGAUAGCGGAUCUUAUGGUUCUCAAGGGCCGGCCCAUGUAUAAAACAAGAGGAAACUACCUUAUUGGGGACACUACUCAUGUGGGGUUCUCUGAUGUGGAUUUUGGGUGGGGGAGUCCCAUCUAUGGAGGGCCUGCAGGGGCUAUACCCUUUGUUAGCUUCUUUGGACGGUUUACAAACAGUGAAGGAGAAGAUGGAAUUGUGGUGCCAAUUUUGUUGCCACACCAUGUUAUGAAGAGAUUUCUCUAUGAGUUGGUGAAGAUUAUAACUAAGGACCCAGUGGAAAAGUCUUGUAACAAAUUGGCAAAAAGGUCCAUGCUGUAA